AUGAGGAGGACGGAGCUGCGGCCGUACGUUCUGGAUGACACCCUUAUCCUCGAGUGCAAUAUUGCCAUCAUCGAGUUGAAGGACGCACAAGAGACUGAUGUCAAGAUUAACUUUGAGGCCCAGGCGCCGCCGUCCGAAUUGGUUCAUAACCUUAGCAGCUUGCUGGAGGCUACGGAGGGAUCCGAUGUGUCUUUCAAGGUCAAGGAGGAGAUUUUCCCAGCUCAUAAGAUCAUCCUCGCAAUGCGGUCGCCGGUCUUCAGGGUAAAGUUCUACGGCCCGAUGAGGGACGAGAGUAGCCGCAGCAUAACCGUCGAAGACAUGCAGCCCGCUGUUUUCAGAGGACUGCUUCACUUCAUCUACACUGAUUCGUUGCCUCCAUUGGAUUACCUAGAUGAUGAUGAGUAUGAAGAAAUGGUCAGGCAUUUGCUGAUGGCCGCAGAUAGGUACGCCAUGGAAAGGAUGAAGUACAUGUGCGAGAUCAAACUUUGUGGGGUUCUUCAUACCGGGACUGUUGCGACCACCUUAGCUUUAGCCGAUCAGCAUCAUUGCAGCAAGCUCAAAGAUGCCUGCAUUGGAUUUAUCAACUCUUCAAAUAGAAUGGUUGGUGUGAUGGCAAGUAAAGGGUAUGAGUCCCUGAAAAGGACAUGUCCUUCUGUCAUUGCUGAUAUAUUGGAGAAAGCAGCUAAGACUCGCAGAAUUUAG